AUGACAACUCAAUAUAUUCCGCUUCAACAAUAUUUGGCCAAGAUGCAACUGUCUGACGGCACCUCAGACAGGUUUUCCGCUCAAACGCCCAAACCCUGGGAAUAUCGCGUCGUUGGUUCGACUCAAGUACGGCAGGGUGACUUGGGCGAUGGAUCGACGCAUAUCGCUCAACAUAGCGAGUAUCCCUGGUCCUAUUCUGCAGGUGCGUCGCAGACGGCGACGGACGUUACUGCAUGGCACGGUCAGUCCCCAGAUCCCUCCUGGUAUGGACCGUCUCAAGCGCUCUCCUUAGGUGGAGAUCGAAUGACAGGGUAUGCUCCGAUAUACGGGGACCAAGUCAUGAUCAGCGACUUCUCGCAGGGUACGUGGCAAUCGAUGGGUCCUACCUCUAUGCACGGUCAACCAUCUAUGAGCUCAGCUCUCAAUGGUCCUCUCCCCUGGACCCCAGGUCUUGCCCCAGAUCUCGACUUUGCGCACAGCACUUGCCCAGUCGCAGAAGAAAUCUAUCAUAAGGGUACAACACAACUAGGUGGCGUCAUGGCAUCACCAGUCGAUCGUCCAGAGACUAAACCGGGAUCGAUGCCCGGCAAAAGCGUAAGGAAGCCGAGGGGCCGAUCUACAGGCCGAAUUGCCCAGAGUUGCGAUGCAUUGCGACACCUGGUACUGGCAGUUGCCAACGUUGUGCUCGUAUCCCUAGGGAAUACCAGACUAGGAUGA